AUGGUUAGACAAAGAGGUCUAGACCUCUCUCAAUCCCUAUCCAGUAGGCAAUAUAUCAUUCUGUUCAACCGAGAAACGCCAUAUGCGCAACGGUCAGCUCCAAAUGCCUCGUGGCACUUGAGAGCUGUCGAUUUUCUUAACUACUGA